AUGGAGGCGGGCGAGUCGAUAGACUCGGCUGGUGCCUCUAGCGCAGCCGCCAACCCACCAGAUCAAAGCAGCUCCAAGUCCGGACUCGAGUCCGGAGAGCCUCAGCCAGCGGACACGGGUGAUAAUACGCAUCAAAACCGCACCAGUGGAUUUGACACUUCGGAAGAUCGUCCGUCUCCGGAUCUCACCAUCAUGGACGGCAUUCCAUCACUCGACACGUCCAAUUUAGUCAGCUUUCUCCCCGCCGCUACAGCACAAGACAAGACGGGCGAGCAUGAGCCGUCGUUGGAAGAACAGAUCCAGGCAUUCACUGCAGGGCUUGCCAAUCAGCUUCGUCCGUCUUCUGCAGAGCCACAGCAUACGCCAAGGCAAGACUCGAUCGUCAACAGCCCCUACGAUACGCCCACACAAGCCAACGGCACGCCCGCUACAGCCGAGGACAUUGCCUCGUUCGAGACGCUCAUCGCUUCGCUCAUGCCCACGCCGCAGCCCGGCUCACCUGCACCACCACCGACACAGGAUGUCCUUGCACAAUCCGCGUCCCAGUCUAUCCCCGAUGCGGCCACUCAAACAGCAUCCAUCACUUCCGAAUCUGAGCCAUCCUCUACCUCCGCUGACAGUGCCGCUCAAAAUUUCGUCGAUAAACUGCUCCGAGAAGCCAAUCUUUUUCCACAAGAAUCUGUGAACCAGCAGCAGCACGAAUUCACUAUCUCAAACGGCGUGCAGGAUGCUUCUAUUCCCACUGCGACCACCGAGACCGAACCGAAAGCCAGCUCGGUUGGCGACGAUGCACUCACAGCCAGUCUGGAGCAGUUCAUGGCCAGUCUUCAGGCACGUGUCUCUUCCAGCCUCGCUACCGAAGCUGCCACAGACACGGAUGCAGCAAAAGCGAAACAAGCAGAGGAGAGCACUGUCAAGUCCAAGCCGUCGCCGCAAAAGCAACCCAAGGUCGUCAAGAAGCCCAAAAAGGUGCUCGGAAAGCGAAAGUACCGCGAGAUCGGCCCAAUGGAGCGCCGCAGCAGAGUCGAGAAGGCCCUCUCCGAAUACAUUGCCAGCAUAGAUACCUUGACCAAACCGAAUUCGGUCACUGGUCCGAUACCGGCAGCAGAUCCUUCAAAGACUAAGAUGACCACCAUCCGAUGCUCACAUGCCUCGGUAGCGCAGAAGAGCUACGGAUCCGAGAAGCGCUUCUUCAACCCCCCACCCAUCAUCAGCAUCACUGGUCCCUUGCGGCGUUACGCAGAGCAUGGUGCUGCUACGCUACUCACUCCACUCAGCUCGGAAGACCCCGAAGAAGAUCAGUGCCGUGUCAGUCUUGUCGUUCGUGGUGACACGGAUGAAUAUUUCUCCAACGAGAAUGUUGCAGUGCUCGACGGCCGCCUGGAAACAAAGAUGCGCUCGCUCUACGUGACACCUACCGGUCGGUCUAAAUCGUUCCGCCUACAACUUAAUCUUCUGCGCCCUUCAGGACUAGAGCCGCAUCUGCCCAUCUUCAGCCCGCUCAAAAAGUCACGGGCUGCCGACGCUCUUUCACCUGCCAUGAGUAUCGGAAGCCCUGCCAACGAGCCAAUUGAAAAUGGUUCCGAAGUGCUCUCGCGACUGCCCAAGGAGUUGGCGUGGGCUUCAUUUGAGUCGGCACCUGUCACCAUCAUCUCGAAAUCCUCCAAGAAGACGGCCAAGCCAAGAGGCGAGCUGAAUCAAGUAAAGAACGGCUCCAUGAUUUCGCUUUACAACCGCAUCAAUUCUCAGACGGCUCGAACAAAGUACAUGCGCAGCAGCAAUGGAGGCGAUCUCACUGUUCACAAUGGAGACUGGUCCACCUAUCGCAUCACGCUCAUUUCACGACCUCCGCUUGCCGAGCUUGCCGGAGCCGAAGCGGACAGCGUCACGUACGGUUCAACCAUCGUCCUGACCGACGUCAAUACGGGUUUUAGUAGUGACCCGCUCGUCGUGUGCAAAGUGGAUAAAGGCCAGGUGCAGCUUCCGCAGUUGGAUCCGCCGUCUGUACUCUUAAAAGCAGGCACGGGCAACAAGUCUCGUAGAGUCCCGAUCGAUCCAGCUUUGCGUGACAAGCUGGCUACUGUCAGCAAGUCGGUCUCCCACGCCAAUCCUUCUACGUCUCUUGGAGCUGGUGCAUCGACAAGCAAUCACAUAGAGAAGCCAGGGAGCAGUGUUCAGUCGGCCAUCAAGAUCGAUGGUGGUGAGACGGCUGUCAGCUCCGCCCCCACAGGCGCGACUUCGACGAGCGCCAACGUUGGAUCGGAAACCAAGGAAAAGGAUGAUCUCAACCUGUUUGGUCCCGUUGGACAAAUGCAAAAGGUAGCUUUGAUGCGCUUCGUGCCCAGCAACGAUAGCGAAACCGUAUUUGGCGAUUCCGAGCAUCUCGAGUCCAACUUCUCCACCCCACGCAGCUACCUCUGUGGUAUGGUCCCUGGUGGAUGGAUGCACAUUUCGCCGGAAAAGGUCGGACAACAGUCUCUGGCAGUUGCAUUUGCACAGACGCACGAAGAAGCGCUGGGCGUGGGCCAGCUUCCUGCCCAUACAUCAGACAAGCACCAUACGGGCGAGACCAAUUCAGUCGUCUACGCAACACCCAAGACGGUGGCCGUGCCCAAGGAGAAUGCACCGGGAAUCAAGCUGGUGGACGAAGUGGACGAUGCGUUUGUGUGGACCGUCAUUGGCGUUUCGCGAUUCGAGUAUUCCUACUUUGAUACAAGUGCUACUCAGGCGUCCAAGGACGAGGGGCCGUGUGAGGUGCCUAUGACGCCGUUCCCACUGAUCACAUCCAUGCCCAUCUACGACCAAACCAGACACACUCUGGUCACCACCGUAACCAACUUUAUCGUCCCUGCCGCCAUCACCUCGGACCCAAUCCCCCUCGACGUCUGGGCCGGCAGCUUGGGCCCACUCAAAGUAUCUCACUCCACCAACGCUCCCUCUACCUCGACCUCGACCUCGACCUCGACCUCGACCGAUCCCGAAACCUACAUCACCGUGACGCUCCCGGCCAUUCGUGAGAUGAUCAAAGUCGCGCUCACAGCAAGACGCUCGUCUCCCACCUCGGCUCCCAUCCCUCCGCACGUCCUCCUCCCACUCAUCUUUGUCAAUGACUCCGAUGGCACCGCCUACCAUUCCGGCCGUCACAUCGUCUGCGAAGACCUCGUACAACUCAUGAAGGCGACCGGUCACGACACCACUGCUGACGUCCUCAAACAGCUCGGUUUCGGCUUGGGCGACCUAGCCGGCCCUCCCAACGAUGGCGCUUGGAGCGUAAGAAUCAUUUGA